AAGACAACAUUCCUGCCCUAGUGGAGGAGUAGUUGGAAUGCACCGCCUUCGUAGCCAAUGACCUGGACUGGCUCCUGGCCCUGCCUCAAGAUAAAUUCUGGUGCCAGGCUGUCUUCGACGAGACCCUGCAGAAGUGCCUGGACUCCUACCUGCACUGUGUCCCCCGAAAGUUCGACCAGUGGGUGGUCCCAGCCCCUGAGGUCAUUGACAUGGAGAAGUGCCUCCAUCGAAGUGUUUUUCUCGCCUUCCUUCGCAUGUCCACUCACAAGGAAUCCAGAGAUCACUUCAUUUCCCCCUCUGCUUUUGGAGAAAUCCUCUAUAACAACUUCCAGUUUGACAUCCCAAAGAUCCUGGACCUCUGCGUGCUCUUUGGAAAAGGCAACUCCCCGCUGCUGCAGAAGAUGAUAGGAAACAUCUUUAUCCAACAGCCAAGUUACUAUAAUGAUCUGGAUGAAAGCAUGCCCACCACCCUUCAGGUCUUCAGCAAUAUCCUCCAGCACUGUGGUUUGCAAGGGGAUGGGGCCUGCGCCACGCCCCAGAAGCUUGAGGAGAGGGGCCGGCCGACCCCCACUGACAUGCCUCUCCUGGAAUUAAAGGACAUCGUUCUCCACCUUUGUGAUACCUGCACCACACUCUGGGCCUUUCCGGAUAGCUUUCCUUUGGCCUGCCCAACCUUCCAGAAACACGACUUCUGUUACAGGCUAGCUUCUUUACACGAAAUAGCAAUUCCCAAACUGGAGUCUGCAAUUAAGAAUAGGAGGUUUGAAGACAGCAAGCGGCUAGGUGACCUGUGGCAGAGGCUCUCUCAUUCCAGGAAGAAGCUACUGGAGAUUUUUCACAUCCUCCUGAACCAGAUCUGCCUUCUCCCAGUCCUAGAAAGCAGCUGUGACAACAUUCAGGGCUUCAUUAAAGAGUUCCUUCAGAUCUUCAGCUGCUUGCUGCAGGAGAAGAGGUUUCUCCAGGACUGUGAUGCACUCUUCCCUGUGGCCGAUGACGCCAGCCUGUUUUAGCAGGCCUCGGCAGCCUUGGACGAGACUCGGACCGCCUACCUCCUACAGGCAGUCGAGAGUGCAUGGGAAGCGGUGGACCGCAGGAAAGCCACCGAUGCCAAAGACCCACCGGUGGCUGAGAAUCCUGACGGGGUCAUGGAGGCGGGGGAGGCGGUCAGCAGACCAUCAUCCCUUCCCCAGAACUCGGAGGGAGAGGAAUGCCUAUAUACUCAUCCAUUUAAUCCUUUUCCUACCCUGCACCUAGUGCUGAGGCACAGAGGGGGUUAG